AGGUUAAUAGUGGGCGUGGUUUGAUUAGCCAAUCGGAUGACAGGGGCGUGGUCUGUGUUAAACACGAGGAGCUGCUGUUUGACAGCUGGUGUGUGGCUUCAGUCUAAACAUGGCAACUUCAAAGAAAGUGUGUAUCAUCGGCUCAGGAAACUGGGGUUCUGCCAUCGCUAAGAUUGUCGGGCUGAACGCAGGACAGAGCUCGAAGUUCGACUCUACAGUGAAGAUGUGGGUGUUUGAGGAGAUGGUGGACGGCCGGAAACUCACAGAGAUCAUUAACACAGAGCAUGAGAACGUUAAAUACCUGCCGGGACACAGACUUCCAGAAAAUGUGGUAGCAGUGGCGGAUCUCGUUGAGGCUGUCGGCGAUGCAGACAUUCUGCUCUUUGUGAUCCCUCAUCAGUUUAUCAGCCGAGUGUGUGACACAAUCCGAGGAAAGAUUAAACAAGACACUCUGGGACUGUCACUUAUCAAGGGGGUGGAUGAGGGUCCCGAUGGGCUGAAGCUGAUCUCUCAGGUCAUUCGUGAGAAGCUAGGCAUUAGCAUGAGCGUGCUAAUGGGAGCCAACAUCGCUAACGAAGUAGCAGAGGAGAAAUUCUGCGAGACCACCAUCGGCUCUAAAGACAAGGCCCACGGAGCAUUACUGAAGGAUCUGAUGCAGACGGAACACUUUCGGGUCACCGUAGUGGAGGAAGCUGAUGUGGUGGAGAUCUGCGGUGCACUAAAGAACAUUGUGGCGGUGGGCGCAGGAUUCUGUGACGGUUUGGGUUUCGGUGACAACACGAAGGCAGCUGUGAUCAGACUCGGCCUGAUGGAGAUGAUCGCCUUCGCACGGAUCUUCUGCACCGCUGGUCCUGUUUCCUCAGAAACCUUCCUGGAGAGCUGCGGCAUCGCCGAUCUCAUCACCACAUGCUAUGGAGGACGCAACCGGCGUGUGGCUGAAGCCUUCGCCAAGACAGGAAGGUCUCUGGAGGAGCUUGAAAAGGAAAUGUUGAACGGACAAAAGCUGCAGGGUCCAGCUACAGCUGCUGAGGUUCACAUUCUCCUCAAAAACAAAAAACUUUUGGAUAAAUUCCCUUUGUUUAGAGCUGUGUAUGAGAUCUGCUACGAGGCUCGUCCUGUUACAGAGUUCAUCAGUUUGUUACAGAAUCAUCCGGCUCAUCUGUGAGAGACAUGACUGUGUGUGUGUGUGUGUGUGUGUGUGUGUGUGUGUGUGUGUGUGUGUGUGUACAUUACUGCUCCGAUGUCUUGUGUGAAUUACAUCAGUUCAUUUUCUAUAAACACAAACGUCUUAAAAGUAACACUUUUGUGUUAGCAGCUCUUUUUAUUCCCAGCUGUUAUUUUAUUCUGAGUAAAUCUGCUUCAAAUCACAAGCACAAGAUCCCUAAAUCUCCUCCUGAUGAAGACGCGUCUGUGAUGAUCAGAGAGUUCGCUUGAUGUCGAGCUGAAAAAAAUCACAAUCACAAAAUCACAAAAAUCUCGACAGACUGAAUGAAUGUAACUACAAAUGGAUAAAAAGUCCAACACUUUACUAACUAAAAUAAACAGAACAACUCACUGCUA